GUCUUCCUCACUCCUGUGCUGGGAUUUUACGGUGUUUGGGUCGCAACACAUUCAUUUCCCUGAGAGGGUUACUGUUGCUAACUGGCAGACACCUGGAGGCUCGGAACAUCAUCCUGGCAUUUGCGGGCACACUACGUUACGGCCUGAUCCCCAACUUGCUGGGCCGGGGCAGCAGUGCACGCUUCAACAGCAGGGAUGCUGUGUGGUGGUGGCUGCAAUGUAUCCAGGAGUACUGCACACUAGUACCGGACGGUGUCUCCAUCCUCAAAUGUCCCGUCUCUAGGAUGUACCCCACCAACGUGUCUGAGCCUCAGCCUGCUGGAGCCUGGGAUCAGCCGCUGUAUGAUGUGAUCCAGGAGGCCAUGCAGAGACACAUGCAGGGUAUCCAGUUCAGAGAGACCAACGCUGGACCACAGUUAGAUCCCAACAUGACUGAAGAGGGAUUUAAUGUACAGGCUGGAGUCGACCAGACCACUGGCUUCAUCUAUGGAGGAAAUCGUUUCAACUGUGGAACUUGGAUGGACAAGAUGGGUGAGAGUACAAAGGCACAGAACAAAGGAAUCCCUGCUACACCCAGGGAUGGGUCUGCAGUGGAGAUAGUGGGCCUAUGUAAAUCUAUUGUACACUGGCUUGUGAAGCUCCACAACAAUGGGCACUUCCCCUAUAAAGCAGUCAACGUAUGCAGAGGAGGACAGACAUAUUCUGUGUCAUAUGUGGAGUGGGAUUGUAAAAUCCAGGAGAACUUUGAGAAGAAGUUCUACAUUUCCCAUGACCCCGAGGAUUCUGAGGACAAACAUCCAGAGCUGGUCCACAAAAGAGGCAUUUACAAGGACAGUUUUGGAGCUUCCAGUCCCUGGUGUGACUACCAGCUCCGGCCUAACUUCCCCAUUGCAAUGGUGGUGGCUCCUGAGCUGUUCACCGUGGUAAAAGCCUGGGAGGCCCUGGGUAUAGCUGAGAAGAAGCUGCUGGGGCCCUUGGGAAUGAAGACCUUGGACCCUGAUGACAUGGUGUACUGUGGAGUCUAUGACAAAAACCUGGAUAAUAAUAACUUCAACCAGGCUAAGGGCUUCAACUAUCAUCAAGGCCCAGAAUGGUUGUGGCUUCUCGGCUACUUCCUGCGUGCCAAGCUUUACUUUGCCAAGAAAAUAGGAAAGGAGACAUAUGACAAAACUGCUAACCUGGUGAAAAACAUUCUGUCUCGUCACAAUGUGCACUUGGAGAGGUCACAUUGGAAGGGUCUCCCAGAACUGACAAAUGAGAAUGGCGAGCACUGCCCGUUUAGCUCUGAGAGCCAGGCCUCAUCCAUUGCAACUAUCCUGGAGGUUUUGUAUGAUCUUUGACCCUACACCCCAAACAACACCAUCAACAAUGACCCACAUGUGCCUACACAAAUGUAUAUCCUACACUAAAUCUAAUUUCUAAGGAUUCAUAAAUAAACAGCAAUUUAAUACAUACAAAUAAUGUAUGUGUUAACAUGUGAAUGGAGUUUACAGUAAGAGGAGCCAGAGCUUUUUCAUAUAAUGGAAAUGUUCCUGUACGUGGAGGACUAAAAAGAAUGUCCCCUCAGGGGUGGAGAAGGGCUGAAGCAUCCAUCUUCCUUGAUAACAUCAAAUUUUGCCCAAUUAACCCAUUGACAAGGUUACAAAACUUUUGGCCAUUGUUGUUUGUUCAGAGGGUCCUGUUGAAGUUGUACCCUCACAUACUGUUCAUAACGUUUAUGGGCUUCAUUGCAUCCUGGUUAAAUAUUACGCCAAGGAUCCGAACCUACAGUAUAACCAAAUGGUACUGGAAUUUUGAUUGGUAGAUUCAGAAUAUAUAAUAUAAAUUAUAUCCAACCCUGUAGUAAGAAAGACAGUCUAGUAACAGAAAUAUUUCCCUUGUCCCUGCAAAGCUGUUAUGUGUUUUUCUAUGGCAUUACUAGCAAUCAUUUGUAUGUUGAUAUAUUGACAUGUACCAUUGGGUUCUUAAAGGGCUGAAGUUAAGACAAAUAGUAGAUACAGACAAGAAACAUAAAGAGACAGGAGGAGUAUGACACGCAGCAAAGGUGCCUGUCUGGAAUCAAACAGGGAACGUGACAAUUACAAGAUAUAGGCCACCAGAAUGCCCCCAUAAAUGAGACAACAUGCCUAUUCUUGGGGGUUCAAGGGUAUGACACCAAAUAAAACAGAACAUACACAUGGGUGCAUUCACAGUAUGAAGCAAAAAGCAACUUAAAGAGUUUAAGUUAAUUGUAGUUUCACCCGAUCUUACAGAACAGCACACCACCUCUUGUCAUAGAUUCCCUAAGCGUGUGGAACUCUACUGGAGGGACGAACAGCAUUCUUCCAAAACAUAUUCCCUGAGAGUGCCAUCUAAUACAUCAGUCCAAAAUCUCCCAUAGGUGCUUAGUUAGUUUGAGAUCUGGUGAAUAUGAAGAACUAGCAUAUGAUUUUUAGCAUUUUCAUACCUUUUUUCCUUUAAUUUGUCACCUGUCUGUAUUUUAGGGUUAGAUAAAUGCUAAGGAAAGAACAAUGUUCCGAGCCCCUCAUUCAUAUAUAUAUACACACCUAUGAUCAGAGUGGUUACUGUGGUUUGAGCCUUACGGAUCAGUUGGACAAGUGGUUCUAAAACAUGUCAAACUAAAUGGGGACUCAAACUGACUGGUUAAGGGACUUUAAUACCUUAGAGUUAAGCCUCUCACAGGAAGAAAGGGAGCAUUUGUCUGAAGCUGUGCUAUGUAACUGAACACAUUCAACAUUGUAUUUUAUGUAAUAAAUCAGAAAUAUUAAA